GCGGUGACGCAGGGCGGGCCGCGCCGCGCUGUGCGGGGCCCGAGGCCGCCGGCGGUCGCGGCCGAGGGGGGGGGGAGAAGCCCGGGGGGGGACUGAGGAGAGCCCGGGGGGGUCCAUGUGAGCAGCGGCCGAGCAGCGGGGGGAGGCCGCAGCCCCGGCUCCCGGCGGUCACCAUGACAUCGCGGAGAUGGUUUCAUCCGAAUAUUACUGGGGUGGAGGCAGAAAACCUACUGUUAACAAGAGGAGUCGAUGGCAGUUUUUUGGCACGGCCCAGCAAAAGUAACCCAGGAGACUUUACGCUCUCUGUGAGACGAACUGGAGCUGUCACCCACAUCAAGAUCCAGAACACAGGAGACUACUAUGACCUCUACGGAGGAGAGAAGUUUGCUACGUUGGCUGAGUUAGUGCAGUAUUACAUGGAACACCAUGGGCAGCUCAAAGAAAAGAACGGAGACGUCAUAGAGCUGAAGUAUCCGCUGAACUGUGCUGAUCCUACGUCUGAAAGGUGGUUUCAUGGGCAUCUCUCUGGAAGAGAAGCUGAAAAACUCUUAACAGAAAAAGGAAAACAUGGAAGCUUUCUUGUGCGUGAGAGUCAAAGCCACCCUGGGGACUUUGUUCUUUCUGUCCGGACAGGAGAUGAUAAAGGAGAGAGUAACGAUGGGAAAUCUAAAGUGACACACGUCAUGAUUCACUGCCAGGAUCUAAAAUACGAUGUUGGUGGAGGGGAGAAAUUUGACUCUCUGACAGAUCUAGUGGAGCAUUAUAAGAAGAACCCUAUGGUAGAAACUUUGGGCACGGUAUUGCAACUCAAGCAGCCUCUGAAUACCACCCGUAUUAACGCUGCAGAGAUUGAAAGCAGAGUGCGAGAGCUAAGCAAGCUAGCAGAGACUACAGAUAAAGUCAAGCAGGGCUUCUGGGAAGAAUUUGAGACUCUACAGCAGCAAGAAUGCAAACUUCUCUAUAGUCGUAAAGAAGGUCAGCGUCAAGAAAACAAAAACAAAAAUAGAUACAAAAACAUAUUACCCUUUGAUCACACCAGAGUUGUUCUACACGAUGGUGAUCCGAAUGAACCUGUUUCAGACUAUAUCAAUGCUAACAUUAUUAUGCCCGAGUUUGAAACCAAGUGCAACAACUCGAAGCCAAAAAAAAGCUACAUUGCUACUCAAGGUUGCCUACAGAAUACAGUGAAUGAUUUUUGGAGGAUGGUCUUCCAGGAGAAUUCUCGAGUUAUUGUUAUGACAACAAAAGAAGUUGAAAGAGGAAAGAGUAAGUGCGUCAAGUACUGGCCUGAUGAAUAUUCCCUAAAGGAGUACGGUGUUAUGCGCGUUAGGAACGUUAAGGAGAGUGCAGCACACGAUUACACGCUAAGAGAGCUUAAGCUUUCUAAAGUUGGGCAGGGGAACACAGAGAGAACAGUCUGGCAGUAUCACUUCAGAACUUGGCCCGAUCACGGAGUCCCAAGUGACCCUGGUGGCGUGCUAGACUUUCUAGAGGAGGUGCACCAUAAGCAAGAAAGCAUUUCUGACGCAGGACCAGUAGUGGUCCACUGCAGUGCUGGAAUUGGGCGAACGGGAACUUUCAUUGUGAUUGAUAUUCUUAUUGACAUAAUCAGAGAAAAAGGUGUGGACUGUGAUAUUGAUGUUCCAAAGACCAUUCAGAUGGUGAGAUCACAACGGUCAGGAAUGGUUCAGACAGAAGCACAGUACAGAUUUAUUUACAUGGCAGUACAGCACUACAUUGAAACGCUACAGCGCAGAAUUGAAGAGGAGCAGAAGAGUAAAAGAAAAGGUCAUGAGUACACAAACAUUAAAUAUUCUUUAUCGGACCAGACAAGUGGGGAUCAGAGCCCUCUUCCACCCUGUACCCCAACCCCAACAUGUCCAGAAAUGAGAGAAGAUAGUGCUAGAGUAUAUGAAAAUGUGGGGCUGAUGCAACAGCAGAAAAGUUUCAGAUGAGAAGAUGUACAGAGACUUCCAUGCAAAGGCAGAAAUGAAUAUGGUUUUUAAAAAGGUCAAGAAAGAGAUGGAAGAAGCUUCACAUGAAUGGUGAAUUCUGAAGGCUUGGUACCUUUUUAAUUUACGGUUUUAAUCCUUCAACAGUAGGCAAAACUUAAGACCAUCUAAAGAUUGUUUAUAUCUCUUCUCUCCAAUACCUGAUUUACAAUUGCUUAUUUUCCAAAUAAAAGGAAAUCCUUUCUACAAUGUAGACAACUACUUUGUAGAGUCAGUUUUGAAUCCAGCAAACUGUUGGACUGUCAUCAAUGCCUUUUUUUUUUUUAAUAGUAUUUUUGUUUCACAGUAUGGCUAUUAGUUGGUUUUGGUGUUGUGUUUUUUUCUUCAUUUGAGCCGUUGUGGGAUUUUUGGGGGUGGGUGGUGGGAGAACAAUGGUAUGGAUAAAUCCGUUACACUAAUGUAAAAUACUGAUGGGAACAAUACUUGAUCGAAAACAGUGGAUCACCAGUGUGAAUAGAAUCAGCUACGUGGUAAAACUAGUCCUAAUACAUUUCAAACUCAGACCGAGUUUCAUAGGGGUGAGCAGUGUAUGAAGAUGCUUUUUGUGGUAACUGAUGGCUUUGAUUACAACUUAAAUGAGUGGCUGGACGGGCUGUUUUGGAGUAAUUUUGUAAGGUAGUCUUUACAUCAAAUGAAGUUUCUUUUUAUGCGAUCUCGACCCAAAAUAGAAAUUUACUGUAUCUCUCAAAAGGCACAGUGGCCUAGUGGUUUGUGAGGAUACUGUCUCUGUUAAUUUGUCUGUGUUCAUCUAUUAAGCAGGAGAUUGGACUUGUAGAGUGGAAGGAAUUUUAAAAGUUGCAUGCUAACACCUUGACAGCACAUUAAAAAGAGUGAAACAAGUCACCCACUGCGCAGGCUCUUACCUUAAGGUAACCCUCUUUCCUCCUUCUCCUGGGGAGCUGGGAGCUGCUAGGCCUUCUGGUUUGGUUCGGUUUUGUCUUUAGUAAGGCCUUACGAUAGUGUAAGUGGCUAAAUUAAAGUUGCGUGGGGGAAGCAGUGCAUGGAAGCUCGCUAUCCACUGCAAUUGCCUUAGCUGAAAAGGGCAGCGCGGGCAGCCAGGCCAGCAGGCUUGUCCCGGUUCGUUUCAUCAGACAGGAGUUUGUCACCGUUCUACCUGAAGUGCCUUUCAGAGCUGCAUUAAAAUUGCCGUUCCUGUUCAUCUGAAACCACUUCCGAUUGUUGUCAGUGAAACAAAACCCUCUUCUAGAGGCUCUAGAACUAAGAGCUGCCGUUAAGCUGCCAGGUAAUUGGGUUUCUUCACUUGGUUUGCUCUGUCGUAUACCUGGAGCAGAAGCUCCCCUCGGAGCCGUCCCCGAUGGCAUGUGUGCACUAGCGACAGAAUCGGUGCCUAGGGGUAGGUGCCAGUGGUGUCUUACCAACGUCUCUCCCUGUGUUUUUGGGGAAGACUUAGGCAGUUAAGGAAUUAUUGCCAUUUUCCUACAGCACGUGCAGAUGGCGAGCACUGCGUUGAGUUGCUGUAUGCGAGGGUGCGGGGCCAAUGACAUGGCGUUAUCGGCCUUCGUCGCGAAAUGAUGCUGAAGCCUGGAAUGUAAUUAAUGCAGCUUUGUGAAAGGUUAAGUGGGAGAUUACAUUACCUUUUCCUGAGAGUGCUUUGCAAAAUCAAAUAUUUGAACACUUGGAACUGAAUGAAGGUGCUUCUUUAAUGUUAAGCAGAAUUUUUGUUACUUUGCCUAUUGUCCUUUUUGUCUUUUGAGGUUUUAGGUUUUUUUGGAACUCCUGUCACCAGCGUACCAUAAUGUGUUUCAGUGUCAUUGCCUUACAGUCUAGUCAUGAUAUUUGUGCCCUAUCUUGAUCUAAAAUUUCUCGUCAUGAUGAGAGAGAAAUCUAUUCAUCUGGUAGUGAGAUACCUACUUUACAUUGCCUGCCUCUUUUCCUGUCCCUAUUUACAGCUUCAUCCUGCUGAACAGGGAUCAGUUAUAAGUGUUGGUAUUUGCAUAGAGCAAUUGACAGCAAUCUCAAUAUUUGUCUAAAACUUUGUGUAGAGUUGGACAACUUCUACACUUCAUACGUUACAGCGAGGUGGAAGGUGGUUCAGGUUUGGAGCUACUCUGUGCUGAACUGAAAUGUCAAAGGAAAAGUCAAGAGAAACAAGAAGGAUCCUGAAUGAAUCUGAACUCUGUUACCAACUUGGUUAAUGUGAUGUGUCUUAAAUGAUUGACCUGUAUAAACAGUCAUCAGUUCCAUGGCCAACAAAACGUUGCCUCUUAUAACCUUAUGUUAGCUGUUUAGAACCUGCCACUGUAGGAUUUUUUCCUUUUUUUUUUGGAGCCAGGGUAUUCGUACUCCAGAAUGUGUGUUAAUCCUGGGGAGCAUGCAGCAGAAGAAUGUCAAUGGGAGGGGAGCAGAAUCUGAAGGAUUGUGAAUAAAUACUCCGCUUCUUUUUAGUGGAGUGUUGGGCCCUGCUGAAUACCAAAGGGUAAACCUUGCAAAAUAAAAUCUGUCUGCCUUUCAUGCACAAGCAAGAGAGGGAUCAUUCUUAGAGUGUUUUUUAAAUUAUUUUAAACAAUGGUUGGAUUUUAUGACGGAUGAAGUGAGAAAGAGAAAUGUCCUUUGGUUCAGAGGAGAUGAGCGAAUACGGGAGCUUCACGUAUUUCUGGGGAGUUUUUUAGAGACAUUUUGUGCAUUGAUCUACAAGCUGUUGCUGUAUCAGUGGAACGGAAAAGGGAUGCGGUUCUGAAGUCUUCUGGUCUAGGAGACUUUACACCACAAGGGAAACUUUAACCCAACUCCUAAGGCACAAUAAUUUAUGCCAGCAUGAAUUUGCUGCUGACUUCAUUUUACUGAAUGUUUUAUAGCAUACACUUUAAUUUCAGCUAACUGUUGUUAGGACUGAUUGGUUCUCCUAUUAAUCCUGACCAAACUUUACUUUUCCCUCUUGAGAUAUGUGUCUGAAACCUAAUUAACCAGGAUAUGGCUAACGAAGUUAUAAAACCUGUUUCCUUUUUGAUUGUAGGGAUGGGAAAAAUCACAGCUGGUACUAGGAUGCGUUGUCAGGUUUUGGUUUUCCAUUAUUUCAAAUUAAUUUUUAAUUUUUCCCUUUUAAAUAGUGAAACAUGUAAUUAAUAAUUUCAAGCCUGUUUAUUUAUGACAUUAUUGUGAUUUGUUUAUUACAGUACUAAAGACUAAUGAAAAAGGAUCCUCUUACUAGGUGGAGUAGACCUUGCAUUUAUUUUUUUUCCUGCAAUGUAUGAAGUAUUGUACCAGAGUAUUAAAUGAAAUUGUAAUAUUUUAUUGAAAAAAUCUCUAUCCUUUAAAAGGAAUACAUUUAGGAUGUCAUCAAUUUGAUGUGAAUCAUGUAAAUGUUGAUAAUGCGCUGUUUAUUAUACAUCUAGUGUUUCAAAAGACUUGCUUAUUGCCUUUUGCCCACAUACGUUCUGUAGACCAUUUACAAUUGUCAAAAUGUGACAUUAAAAUAAUAGUUCAUGUAUA